AUGUAUAUGAGAUCCGCUGAGCCCACGUCGAAACAUGGUAGCAAGAAUACAACAGUUUUGAGAAAAGAAUUUGUUAAGAACAAAAAAUAUAAACCUGUCGAUUAUACAUUUGAAGCAUAUAAGAAACAUGAGGCCAAAAACCGUGACUCAGUAAAUAUAAAUAUUGCUGGACAAAAUGCCGCAAUUUACAGAUAUGAUGAUGUCAUUUGCAUUGACGCAACUCGAGUAAUCCUCAAAGGAAGACCUCCUGAUGACGACUAUAUCCAUGCUAAUUGGAUGAUAAUGCCAGAUAGCCAGAAAUACAUAUGCACCCAGGGCCCAAUCCAGGAGACAAUUAUUGACUUUUGGCACAUGAUAUUCACCGAGAAAGGGACCGUAAUCGUUAUGUUAUGUGCUUUUAAAGAAGGGAAGAACGAGAAGUGCGCUUUGUAUCACCCAAAAAGCAAAAACGAAUGCGGAAAAUUUGGGCCGUACAGAGUUUAUCUGAAAGAAGUCAAGCCGAAUCCUUUCAAUUCGAUCAAGCACUUGGUGUUGAGCGUGAAAAAAGACAGAAAGUUUACAUUAGAUGUUCAUCACCUUUCGUGCUCGGAAUGGCCUGAUCACACGGCUCCAUUUGAAGCUGGUCCCAUUGUGAAUAUGAUGAAAAUGGCUCGGGUGCUAGCUAAAGGAAAUCCAAUUAUUGUCCAUUGUUCAGCAGGAAUUGGACGCUCAGCAACAUUCAUAGGCAUUGACUAUGCAAUGCAAAAAAUUCGGGAUGAUCCCAACAUAACGAUGGUGGAUGUUCUGAAGGAACUCCGCAACCAACGUUUUCAGAGCAUACAAGGCAUCAUC